GAAGCUGUGGCAUCGACCUUGCGAAUUUUCGUGAGAGGGGAAAAAAAGCUCGAGGAAACUUGCCUGAAACUUAAAACCAGGCUCAACAACAGCAGACAUCAUGUCCGAGAGGAAAGCCGUCAUCAAGAAUGCCGACAUGUCCGAAGACAUGCAGCAGGAUGCAGUGGACUGUGCCACCCAAGCCCUGGAGAAAUUCAACAUUGAGAAGGACAUCGCUGCCUACAUCAAGAAGGAGUUCGACAAGAAGUACAACCCCACCUGGCACUGCAUUGUGGGAAGGAACUUCGGCAGCUACGUCACGCACGAGACCAAGCACUUCAUCUACUUCUACCUCGGCCAAGUGGCUGUGCUGCUCUACAAAUCAGGAUGAAACUGCAUUUGAUGUGUUCCUUGCGACUUGUUUUUGUUUGAAUGCAAAAGCAUCUUUUUG